UUAAAAACCCUCUGACCCUUAUUCUCCUUUCUGGCCCUGUCCCCAAACUUAAAAGUAUCAAGGAACUAGAAAGUUAUGCUGCAGUUUGAAUGCCACACCUGCUCAAGGAACGAGGCUUGUUGGAAGCCUGAAAUCCAGAAAAGUGGGCUGGAUUUUGAGAGUGUAGGAAGGUAGGAGAGUUCCCGGAACUAAUGUUUCAAUGGUUGAGGUUCUCCGUGGGAAGUCAAUUCGGAGGACCGGUAGCGGAAAGCUCUCUUGGGCUGUUUCCGGCCACCUCAGCGGGAAGCGGAGACGCCGGCGGCUGCAUCUUCGUAAACUGAGGUGGAGCUUUUGCUGUCCUCGCAGCAGAGGAAGUGAGAACGAGACCUCCGGCAGUGCGGACCGGUGUUGGGUCCCUGUAGCCAGUGAAGAUGGUGUUGCUGACGAUGAUCGCCCGAGUGGCGGACGGGCUCCCGCUGGCCGCGUCGAUGCAGGAGGACGAACAGUCUGGCCGGGACCUUCAGCAGUAUCAGAGUCAGGCUAAGCAGCUCUUCCGAAAGCUGAAUGAACAGUCCCCUACAAGAUGUACCUUGGAAGCAGGAGCCAUGACUUUUCACUACAUUAUUGAGCAGGGAGUGUGUUAUUUGGUUUUGUGUGAAGCUGCCUUCCCUAAAAAGUUGGCUUUUGCCUACCUAGAAGAUUUGCAUUCAGAAUUUGAUGAACAGCAUGGGAAGAAGGUGCCUACUGUGUCUAGACCUUAUUCUUUUAUUGAGUUUGAUACCUUCAUUCAGAAAACCAAGAAGCUCUACAUUGACAGUCGUGCCCGGAGAAACCUCGGCUCCAUCAACACCGAGUUGCAGGAUGUGCAGAGGAUCAUGGUGGCCAACAUUGAAGAAGUGCUGCAACGGGGAGAAGCACUCUCAGCAUUGGAUUCAAAGGCUAACAAUUUGUCCAGUCUGUCCAAGAAAUACCGCCAGGAUGCGAAGUACUUGAACAUGCGUUCCACUUAUGCCAAACUUGCAGCUGUAGCUGUAUUUUUCAUCAUGUUAAUAGUGUAUGUGCGGUUCUGGUGGCUGUGAAGUAGUAAAUGCAGUCACUAGAAAGGGAGACCCUAGAACCUGGCAGGUGUGUGUUUUCAGGAAGCUUAGCUCACAGGGAUAUGUAUUAGAACCCAAGUGAAAUUUCUGCCUCUAAAGACUUUGCAAGAAAAGACGUCCUGAAGAUGAGAGAUCAUGCCUCAUUUAAUGAAGCUUAACCCUAUGUGGAAAGUCUCUUGGGCGCAGAGGCUUUCUCAGGGUGCUAAGCCUUAUAUGUUAGGGAACAGUAGAUUGUUUUGUUUCUUUCCUUCCUAGUAAGAUUUUUAAACAGCACUGACUGGGGCUUUCUGAUCCCCUAAUAGAGCCAUCAAUGCCAUUUAAGGUACCUAACCCGUGCUAGCAGCAUUCUGAAAUUCCUUCAAAGAAGGCAGCCCUUUGGGAAUUUUUUUUUGCCUUUAAGUAACAUUCCUUUUGUUGGUGACCUUUGUGAUUUUCAGUAAUCUGAGUGUUUUUUUGUUUUUUUGGUACCGGGGAUCGAACUUGGGUCGUUGCGCUUGUGAGGCAGGUGGCAGAACCACUGAACUAAAUCCCCAACCCAGUAAUCUGAGUUUUUAAUGGCCUUUCAAACCAGACUCCAAAUAUGUGAAGGUUAAUUGCUUUGCUGCACAGAUCCUGUCUCUUGGCCCCUGGAGGAAGUAACCUUUUGUUGUUUUUCUUUUAUGAUAUUUCGCUUCUUUCCUAGUUGCUUUAGAGUUAAAUAAAUUAUGUUAAGAUGCCUUGAAAUUACAUAGCACUGUUUGACUAAAAAGCUAGUUUUUUCUCAUUUAUGCUUUGAACAAAAAAGAUUUUAAUUAGUUUGGGACAUUAUUGAAUUUAUUUUUCAGCAUUUGUUUUAUUUUAAUAUAAUAGCAAGUAUAGCCUAGUGCAGCCAGAGGCCCAUGACGUAAUAAGAAGAAAGGCCCAGCUCUGAACUGCAGUGUCUUCCCCUUACUCACUUUGUUCGCUACAGCCUUCCCCACUCUGUUUUCCUUCUGCCUCUCUUCGCUAACAUUUUAAAAAUUGCUGUGCCCAGUAGUUUCACAUCCCAUAAAUAUACUCAAGAUAUUCUCCACUUUUAAAAUGGAAAAUGCCCAGCUGUGUAAUCAUUUAGAUAUACUUAUUGUGCAGACCUCCUACUCAUCCUUGUGGCUUCAUCUGUCUGAGAAGUCUCUGAGAGUGCUUCGUUCCUGUUGUAGUUUAUAUAAAUUCUCCCAAGAAUGUUCUAGAGGUGAAUAACUCAUUUACAGUGGUUUGUAGUAACUAAUAAAAGUACCUAUGUUUUGUUUUUUUUUUUUCCUUUUUGCUCAGGGAUAAUAGGAAUUUCCUUUUACCUUCUGAGGUGGAGUUUUUUUUAAUGGAGAGGAUAGAUCUCUUGAAUGCUAUCACAGGGUCUGCAGUAUAUAUAACCUGUACUCCUACACAUACCACAAAUAUUUCCUUAAAUUGUGUAAGGAAGAUGAGCAAGCUUCUUAUUUCUGAACAUCUUUGGAGAGAUAACUAGUGGGCAAUUCUUAUGAUCCAGAGGAAUCAUCAGAGCUACAGUUCUAAUUCCUAGUAGGGAAACAGUCUUAUUUCCUUAUAACAAAGGCAAGGAAAAGUGCUUAUUUUAUUCCUUAUAAUUUACAAAACUAGAGUAACUUUUUUUUUUUUAAUUAGGACCUAAAGUUUGCUCGUUGGAGUUCUGUGCAUGAAAUCAGAGUUACUUUUUAUAGAAAAUAAGUGCUUUUACAUCCCUGAAAGAUUUAUUCCUUAAGUAAUGAUAUCGGCAGUAAAAGUUUUUGAAAGACUGAGAACCCAGAUGGUGGUUCCAUAGCUUAUGGUGCUUCUGUAGGAGCGAGGGUAGCUGCUCAUUGUUGAAAGUUGCAUGCUGCAGCCUAACGAUCAGCAAUGAAAUAAAUGUUUCUAGAAUGUUCCCUUCAGUGUGAAGUUUUAUUACUUAGUUUACUUCUGUACGCAUAUCCUUGAUAAAUGCAUUUCUACCUAAUUUCAGUGGGUUCAUUAAAGCGGGGGGUAAAUGAUGAACGAGAAAGUGGUUUAAGAUCAGGGCAAAAAUUAGAGAAUAAAGCUCAGAGUGCACCCCCUUCUGUUCUUAUUAGGAAAUAGCAAGACAAUCUAACUAAAUGAAAUAUAUCCGCAAACCAGACAUCUAAAAUAGACUAUGAUAAGUACCAUAUGAAGUUAUUAGAGGUAUACUAAGAAGGGUACUUAUUUCUAUAGAAGGGAAGAAUGGGGCAUUGUCAGCAAUAUCUGUGGUCUGUGUGAGGCCUAUGAAAAGAAUGAGGCACGUUUGGGGAACGUAGCAGGUUGGUUCAGUUUAAGUCAGGAUAGGAUAAGCAGAAGUGACUGAAGAGACGGGAAAAACUAGACUGGUGUACUGUAGAAAAAGGACUUCUCUACUAAGCUAAGGUGAAGACUCAGAGCUUCAACUAAUCAUUUGGCCAUAAGGAAUAAGAUUGAAAGUAGGGAGAUGAGCUAGGCUUGGUGACUCAUGCCUAUAAUACCAACACUCAGGAGGCUGAGGCAGGAGGAUCACUGUGAGUUUGAGGCCAACCUUAACUACAAUAGUGAGUGCAGUGCCACCCUGAACUACAUAAUGAGAUCCUAUCUCAAAAAGUAAAAAAGGGAGAUGAAACUAAGAAGGCUUUAGACACAGAAUUAAGCAGCCCAGUUCCAAGUGACUUUCAAGAAAGGAUGGAUCAGAGGUACUGAUCCAACUGUACAAAUUCUUUUUAGGAACUUCUUGCAUUGACCAAACCUUUUGAAGUAUGUUCACACUUCUAUGAAUAAAGGAACUUAAAGGCUAUAGAGCUCUGAGGUACAGGGGAGUUCAGUGAUUUGUCCAAAAUCACAGAGCUAGAAAGUGAUGGAGCCAAGAUUAGAACCGAGGCAGCCUGGCUCUGGAGUUUUUAUUUUUACCCACUAUACUAUACAGCCAAGCAAUCAAAUAAAAUGUAUACUAAAAAUAUAUUCUAAAAUUAGCAAGCAAAAACUGGAUCAUGCAGGCAGAAGUAAUUCUAGAGGGCUGGUAAUAGAAGCCAUAUUCCAGUGGAACCUGGGCCAUAACUGAUUUGUACCAUUAGAAUCCAGACAGAACCACUGGCACAAGGAGCUUUUCUGUUCUGUGACAUUGAACUUCAUGGCUUGUCCUAUGAAGACAUCUCACAGAUGUAAAAAUUUAGAAAAUCUUGGUACACUGUACCUCGUUUGGUCAUUAAACUGUCUAAUUUCUUAGCUCUUUGAGGAAUCUUUGAAAACCUGAUAAAAGGGAUGUGCCUUCCCCAGAGCAAUAUCCACGUGUACGUGUGUGCCAUGUGUAUACCAUUUCCAGCUCCCCAAAGAUGAAGCCUGCUCAUCUCCUCGCGGUCCCUGAUCCCUCAGUUAAGAACUCCAGAUAUACAGGAUGUGGAACUCAAAUUUAAGUACCCAAAGGGCUCAGAAACUUGGUUGUGAGUUGGAAGAAUUCUAUAGUUUGAACAACUUUUUAAAUGUGAUGUAUUGAAAAACUGUACAAAAACAUUUGUAUCCAAUAAUAUUUUUCUGUACUGCAUUCAGAGAUUUGGUUAUUCUGAAAAAGAAAAUUUUGGUCCCGGUUCCUUGAAAUCGCAUUUAAGCCGUUUGAAAUUUAUAUUUUCUACUUUUAUCAGAAGUCUUUACAAAAGCAAGUUAAAAAAAGAAAGUGUGUAGUCACUUUUGCACACACAGGAUUUAAUAUAAUAUGUAUAGUAAAACAUCUCAUAAUUUAAAUUCCCACUUUGUUGGGUGUUUUCACCAUUAUUCCAGGGCUUGAGUGAUAGUGACCACACAAUUAAGACUGACACAUUGGAGGUACUCAGCAAAUACCUGCAGGAUGUAUACGCUGAAUUACAUUUUUAAAAUUAUGCAUACCAUUUUUGGAAAUAGUAAUUGGAAUGAAAGAAAAAAAAAAUGGAUAGAAUGGAAUAGGCCUAGUGGAGGAAUGGAAGAAAAAGAGAUAUAUAAAAGAAGUCAGAACCAAAGAAAGGACCAAUAAGAUUACACAGUGCACACUUUGGAGAGGAAGGAAAUUCAGCAAAUGAAGUUGAUUUUUUUUUUUUAAGAAGAAAAUUGAAAGGUAAGAACAAAGAAGGAAAGGAAGAGAAAAAGCACAAAAAUCAAAUAGAUGGGCAGAUCGUUAAGUCUGGGAAUGUUUCCAGUUGACUCCUGCCAUAGUUGCUUUUAUAUUGUAUAGGUGAUGUCUUAUGAUCUUUUCAUAUCAACUAACCAAUUUUCCUUAUGAAAAAGUGACUUCAGUUUAGCGAUUAAGUGCUUUGAGCAACAAACCAUGUACUGUAAAUACCGUGGUAAAGUUAAAACACGGGACUGAGGCUUAGUUUUGGCAGCAGUUUGCACCUGCUGUGCUGUUCCCAGUUCCUCCCUGCAGCUUGUCCUGGUGGGCAUGGACUGGCCGUGUAGGGACAGCAAUUAGACCGAUAAAAGGACUGACAGUUUGACCUAUUUGUAUGCCUUUUUUUAGCCACUUGCAUUAAUACAGUGUGUUACUCACACACGUAAAAGUUUAAAAUAAAGUACUUUG